AUGUGCCGGGAACGCUCCGGAUGGGUCCGGGGAGCUGUUGCCAGCGGUGGAGAGGCGAGCGGAGCGCUGGCCUCGCUGGGGCGGCUCAUCCCGUCCCGUCCCGUCCGUGACCGGUGCCGCUCGCCGGGCGAUGCCGCGCCCCGCGCCCCGCGGCUGAGCGGGUCCCGCCGGGGCUCCAUGGGCUGCACCGGCAGCGCCCUGCGCUGCUGCCCCGUCGGUGCCGAGAGACAGCUAAAAGUCCAGCAGCAGAGAGGAUCAGCUUCCCAGGAGCUCUCAGCCUUGAAGACAGAGAAUGCCAAUGCCUCCCUGCUUCCUGAGGAUGGGGAGAAGGCAGCACGGCCAGAGGAGCGGACGGACAGUGUGAAACUCCAACGCCAGGAGGAGGAGCAGGAGCGGCUGCAGGAUGCUGGCCAGGCAGGCACUGCGAGCAUCUCCCCGGACACUGAGAUCCAGGUGGAAAAGGGAAAAGUGCUGGAGCUGAAGGAACAGCUUGAUGCCCUGAGGAGAGAGCACACAGAAACCCUGCAAGAGCUUCAGGGAGCACAUGAGCAGGAGAAGCUGCUUCUGACAGAGUCCCACCACAGGUCUGAGGCAGCCUUACAGGAGAAAAUUCAGGCACUGAAUUCUCAGUUGAAAUCCUUCCAGGACAGGAUGAAGCGGGUGGAGGAGUCACUGUUGAGAACAGACUACAAGAAGCACAUCCAGGAGCACGGGAGCCCCAGCCCCUUCUGGGAGCAGGAGCUGGAGAGCCUGCACUUCGUCAUCGAGAUGAAGAACGAGCACAUCCAUGGCCUGGACAAGAAACUGCUGCACCUGGAGACUGUGGAGGAGAGGAACCUUCUGCUGGAGGAGAAGGUGAAAACUCUCCAGCAGGAGAACGAGGACCUGCAAGUUCGCACCCAGAACCACUUGGUCAUGGCGAGGCAGCUGUCCGAGGAGCUCCAGGCCGCCCGCGGGGCGCUGGAGAAGGAGGCGCAGCUGCUGGAUCAGGCUCGCCGGGAGAAGGAGGAGCUGCUGUACCGUGUGCUCAACGCGGGGGACGGCACCCCGUUCCCCAUGGCUGCCGGCGAGGUGCCGCUCAUCGCCACGUAGCACCGCCAGCUGCCGGGGACUGCCGGGGCUUCCCUGCAGCCCUGCGAGCCCAGGGCUGCUCUCACCAGUGCCCCCCGCUCGGGGCAGGGCUCCGGGCUGGCCGAGCCUCACGGACCGGAGUGAUGGAGCAUUUCACGGGACACCUACACCUGCAUUUCCCCAGCCCGUGCGGGGCUGCAGAGGGACUCUGGCCUCCCACCCAUGCAGCCCCUGCACCCCUUCCUCUGGUGAGGGGCUGUCUGGGGUAAAAGGGGUCAGCCAGCACACGCAGACUUGCAUUGGGCUGGAUCCGACCCAGUGCUUGGUUCUGGGUAUAAACAGCACCAGUGCUGCCCCAGGGCAUGAGGACGAUGAGGAGGCCACUAGGACAGGAAGGGGACAAGCACCGGGAGGAUGAGGAGGGCACUGGGGACGUGGUGUUAACCUUACCAGGCAGAGCUCCCACCCAUGCCCUCCUAUUCCCAUCACCUCCUCCACCUUGAGCAAAUGUCUCCCAGGUACUGCUCCUGCAGCUCAGGCAUGUCCCAGCUCACUGCCACAAAGACCCCAAGCCCUACUUGUCUCUGCUGCCCCCAUCAGCAGCACCACCAGUCCCCUCUGCUCCCCCAAAAGCUGGGCAGAGGCUGGAGCUGCACAUUCAGGGAGCAGAGCAUCCUCCCAGGGGGUAUCAGACUUUGGCAGGUCACAUCCUUCUGCUCAAG